CUGUUUCUUGGCAUCUUGAUUAAGUUUCUGCAGAAGAUGAAGAGUUAAAAUUGGAUUAUUUUCAAAACACAGAAAUAUUGGACAUAGACCUACGCAUAUCACAUUAUGUCUAGAUAGACUAUAACACUCUUUUGAGACCUGUUCCCACACCAAAACUGUACUGAUAUCAACAGUAGACCUACAAGAGGACAGACAAACGAGCUACAUGGAAUUGCCGACCAAACCCCCCGACAUGUGGGUUUUAAAUUCAACGGAAUUUCAGACGGCCAAUGCAGCUGUCCAAGAGCAAACGAUGAAGUUCUCGUACAACUGCGCGUGUCUUUUCCUUGUAGUGCCCCUCUUUGCCACGCCCCCGUUUGGAUUCCCUCCUUGACUUUCUGUCAAAAUCACUAAGAUUGGAUAAUAGUCAGGCUUUCUUCUUCUUCUGGCGAACAUUAAUCUUUUCAGUUUCUUUCGCGCAGACGGACGUUCAUUGCGAUCGAGGAGAUCGAGAGGGCUGCGUAGUUGAAGCCAGCAUCAACUUGUUGCGUAUGUGUUAUUUCCCUCUCAUGCGACAGCGGUUUCCUCACAAUACGAUUAUGUGACAGGCGUGCAUUAGUCGUAUUUCAUUAGCUUUUCUCAAAUAGCAAGUGACAACAGUAUUGAUAAUUUCAUACUUACAAUUGGGCAUGCGGUUCAGUAAUGCAGGCCAAUAGCUCUAAACCUGGUAUUUAAGAUUGGCUGAAUGUUAGAACAGAAUCUGUAACAGGUGAACGCUUCAGUAGCCUGCCCAAGGAUAAGUGUUCGCUUUUUAGGAGACUUUGAUGCAAGUUUUCGAACAUGAGCUCAGAGAACGGGAAUGCCCACCAUGGUCCACGUCAGUUCCCACAGAUGUCAUUGGUGCCUUCUUAAAAUAAUGUACGGAAUCCUUCUGCUGUGGGCGGAAGACAUGAACGCACUGUCAGAUUUCUCAAAAUACUUGACAAAAAUAAUAACUAGCCAGUCUGCAUAUGGCUGUGAUGGAGAGAUGUUGCGACUUCAGUGCCCAAGACACUCAACAGUAUCAAUUCUCUCAGCGCAUUAUGGGUUGGCAGAAGUACGAUUCUGCCCAAGUCUUUUUCAUACUGCACUACUGGGCAAACAUCUGAACCAUUCCUGCUCAGCUUCAACUGCCUUACAGAAGCUACUUUCGGAAUGCCAAGGCCAUAGAGAUUGUGAUCUCCUGGUUAAUCAUCAUGUAUUUGGGCGUGACCCUUGCCCUGGGGGGUCCAAGUAUCUUCAUGUUACCUACAAGUGCAAACCAACGGAGCACAAGAGAAAGGUGGGCUGCGAGGGAGAGAGCAUCACACUGCACUGUAAGCUUUCACGGGUGUUGAUCAUUUACUCAGCAGUGUAUGGCCGACAGAUGGAAGACAAAGAUGUUUGCAGCUCACACUAUGACCCUCCGUUUGAGUGUCUAUACUUUGGGGCUGCGCACACAGUGUUGAAGAAAUGUAACGGCAAGCAGAGGUGCUUAAUCACCAUCAAUGACCAAACUUUCCGAAAUCCAUGUCCCCCAAGAUCAACAAAACAUCUCACAAUACUCUACUCAUGUGUACCUCAGGUAUUAAUGAAAGAGGUGGAACCAAAUAUUUUCAACCCAACCUUGGUACCACAGCAUACCAAUGACAGGGGUGUAAUACCUAAUGUCAAGGGGUCCAAGCUGCCAGAAAACCAUAGGAUUAUAGUGAGCAAUUCACUGGUGAUAUAUGGUUACAUAAAAGAACAUCAGGACAAAGCCGCCCUCUUCUUCAUCUCCAGUGUGUGUGUGGGCCUGCUCAUUCUGCUCUUAGCCGUGUCUCUCAGACUCUCCUGCCACAUGGAGCACACCUGGGGAGGUGCGCACCUGAAAAAGAGGCUGCUUAGCAGGACAGAGGAGACAAGUGAGGAAGAGGAAGAAGAGGACGAUGAAGAGGACGAUGAGGUUGGUGAUGAGGGAUCAAUGACUGUGAUGGACAGUUCUUUGCUGUCAGUAGGCGACAGGAAGCCACUGCAGUGCUGGGAGGAAGUGACAUACACCACUGAGGCUGCUGAGCUCAUGGAGAGGAUUGAGCGCCGGGAGCUUGUGAUUCAGGAAAUCUGGAUGAACUCAUACCUGAAUGGCACUUCAUGUGGACACCCCUGACCGGCUUACCGGGACAGAAAAACUCCUAAACUGUUGUGAAUUCAACUGCAGAGCGUGGUACUGAAAUGAAUGUACAACACCAGUCCAACCUAUUCAACAGACUUCCUAUAAUAGCAUAAGUAUCACUGUCAAAAUGGAAUUCAAACGUGUUAUCAUAUCCAUGUGUUUUAUGCUAAAACAAUAAAAAAUCUCCCCCUGGUAUUGUAGAGUUAAGUAUGUUUUCCAUACUCUAAUUACUGUAUUACUUCUAGGUCUUAAGGUACAUAAAACACCACUAUGAGAGGCUUCAAGGCUUUCUGGAGCCUUGCAACAGCAUGAGUUCAUCACGUGGGGUCCUUCCCUUUAUGGAAGCUUCUCUGCCUGAACCCUAUCAUUUCCACUCAAGGCCCCAUGGGAGCCUUGCAUCAACAUCCUGUCUGUAAACAGUGCUGGAUUUCAGACGUGCCAGCACCAGUGGCAUGGACAAAGAGAGGAAAGGAGUGUUACAUCCUUAUUCUGAACCACUUUGAGAAUAACCAGGCCUCGUCA